UGAAAUCAAACAUGCCAGAUUUUUUCUUGCGAGUACAGACUUGUCUAGCGGUAGUUGCAAUGUGUGGCGGUUCUUGCGACUUAUUAAUUCCGUCUUCUUGGGCUAGAGAUUAUCCUGGUGCAUAGAAAAAUUAAAAGAGGUAGAUCCCGCAGCCAAUAAAGAUGCCGUAAUGAAAAAAAUCAAUUCAUUGCGUACUUGUUUCCGCAAAGAGUUAAAGAAAACUAGAAGUGUGCAGUCGGGUAUGGGCGCAGAAAACUUGUAUAGGCCAAAUCUCUGGUAUUUUAAUUUAUUGAUGUUUUUGACUGACCAGGAGACACCGCGACAGGAUGGGACGGAUACUAUAAAUGAAAGUCCAGUAGUAGAUGACGACAGCCAAUUCAACGAACAUGAAGACAAUUUAAACGACCAUUCUUCAUCCGAAACAUCACUACGUCCUCUAUCGGCCACCCCAUCCACAUCAACAUCAAAUUCCAGAAUUAGUGUCAAGAGAAAAAGUCAAAAGAAUUUGGAUCGCAGCGAUGAAGUUUUAAAUAUCGUAGCAAGUAAACUUCAAAAUCAAGGAAAAUAUGCAUCUUUCGGCCAACAUGUAGGCGAAGAACUUCAGGAACUGCCUUCUGAGAUGGCCAUAUAUUGCAAAAAGGUGAUUAAUGAAGCAAUCUUCCAAGCACAAGUGGGAAAGUUAAACCAGACAUCAAAAAUCGUAACCCAGAUCGAAACAGAUAGAACACCAACAACUCCUGAUAUACACACUUUUCAGUAUAAUCAGGAGGUUAGUCGGCCCAGUAAUACUGAACUUUUAAGAUCGACACCAGAAGGACCUACGAAACCCUUACAACGCUUGGGGGGAUUAAAUCCAAUAAUUCGUGGAGUAGACACUUUUCAGUAUGAUCAUGGAAGGUUUAGAUCGUCCAUUGGAACUGAAAUUGCAAGAUCGCUAGGGGAAGCAACCAAUGACCUCUUACAAUCCCUUGGAGAAUAUUAUUCAAGAUCCAACGUUGAAGAUAAUAAUUAAAUUAAAUAUAAUUAGG